GGGACAUGGAUGCCCUGGAUGAGCUUCUAGCCGGCAGCGAUGCACGACUCUACUCUUGAUGACUACUCUUGAUUUAAGCUUUUGAUGCUCCUAAACAGCACAUGAUCGUCCUAGCAUUCCCCUAGUCGAACUGCUAAUUGAUUCAUUUUGCGGCCAAUUAUCUACAACAUUUUGGCCCUCUCCACCUUUGCUGUGUGGUGGAAGACAUGGGGAGGGCGCCUUGUUGUGAAAAGGUUGGGUUGAAGAAGGGGAGAUGGACGGCGGAAGAGGAUGAGAUAUUGACCAAGUAUAUUCAAGCUAAUGGAGAAGGCUCCUGGAGAUCAUUGCCUAAGAAUGCAGGAUUACCGAGGUGUGGGAAGAGUUGCAGACUCAGGUGGAUUAACUACUUGAGAGCUGACUUGAAGAGGGGAAACAUUACUGUCGAUGAGGAAGAAAUCAUCAUUCAUUUGCAUGCUACUUUGGGAAAUAGGUGGUCUUUGAUUGCCAGCCACUUACCAGGAAGAACGGACAACGAGAUAAAGAACUAUUGGAACUCUCAUUUGAGUAGAAAAAUCGAUAGCUUUAGAAGGCCGUCGAGUCAAAGUUUGCCUGUUAUCAUGGAAAUAAACAAGGACGGUAUUGCUAAGCAGAAAGGCGGUAGAACAAGUAGAUGGGCAAUUAAGAAAAACAAAAGCAACAGCACCCAGAAAAGAGCUGGCAGUUGUUCAAAUAAACCUAUGGAAAACGUCUCUGUUAAUGGAGUUGUGCCAUUGCCAUCCACCCUAAUGUUGGAAAAAGAAACCUUGUUCAACACUGCUAUAGAAGAUCGCAUGGCACUGGAUCCCUAUGAAGAAGAUAAGGAGAGAAUGAUCCCUGUUAUACUGAGUCCUCGUCAAGACACCGGAGAAGGAAUGAUGGGUUCAAGCGAGGAGAGAGAGAGCCUGGUUCUUAGCUCUGGUGAGGAAAGAACCAUAGAGAAUUCAAUGCAUUGCGCUAGUGGUAAGGUUGAGAAAGAGACUGAUAUUUUAGCAACAUUUGAAAGUAUUGAAAGCAGUGGGAUCCUUUGUUUUGAUGACAUCAUGGACAAUGAAUUGCUACAUCCAAAUGGGGAUUUGACCUUAUUAAGCGAGUGGAGAGAGAACAACAUCACUGUUACUGUUGACGAGAAAGAGAACAGUGGAAAUUUGAGCCCGAACAAAACAGCAGCUAAUAACGAGGAAAUAGAAAGUGGAAACUCUAGUGGAGAUAGUGGGAACUGGAAUUCCUCUUCUUCAAUGACUUCGUUUGAUAAUUAUAAUCUUGAUAAUCUUGAUUGGGUUUGGGAGAGUGUGGUUCAAGGGAAUGAGCUUUGGGAUGAUAAGGGGUGCAUGUCAUCUUGGCUGUGGGAGAGCGAUUGUAAUGGGAAAGGAGAGAGACAUAAAUCGGAAGAUCGUAAGGACUUCAAGAGCCAAAAUUCCACGGUUGAUUGGCUUUUCUUUUAGUGCUUUCUUCUCCUGAUCUCUUUCUUCAUGCUGCUAUCUCUUUUGCUUUCGUUUCUUAAUUAAUUGUUUGUUCACUUGGAUGUCGACAAUGAGCUAGUCGGUAGCAACAAAACCGUGUCCUUUUUUUUUUUUUUGGGUUUUUGUUUUU